AUGAGUCUUUCUGAUUAUGGCAAUAAGCUAUUUCAAUCUAUGGAGCCAUGGAAGUUACGUACCCAUGAUAUGCCUAAAACACAAUGGCUUAUGCGCAAUUUAGUGUACCUCCUACGCGAUCUUGCGAUACUUAUAGAGCCAUUUACCCCUACUUUUUCCAAUAGCAUAUUACGAAGUCUGUACCCCAACAACAGUUCCCGUGUUGCUGUUAUAGCAGAAAACGAGGAGAACACUACAGAACUUUACAAGCAAUACUAUACGCACUUUCAUUGGGGGCUAUUAUGCCACCGAGAUGGUAUUACGCACAUGGAUACAUUAGGGCAUCUCUUGCAGAGGCUAGAGGAUGAUACAAUUGCACGGCUUAGCAAGAAAUAUAUUGGAACACAGGAGAAACAUAUGCAAAGCGAAAAUAAGCAAGAAAGUGAAAUCUCAAAAACAGCAGCGGAGCUAUUUGCAGGAAAAGUAGAGCUCCGUAUUGCUAAAAUUCUUGAGGUAGAAGCACACCCAGAAGCUGACACGCUCUAUAUCCUUCGUUUGGACGACGGGACAGAAGAAGGAAGAUGUAUAGUAAGCGGGCUUCGAUACCACUACGCAGAGGAAGAACUACAAGGAAAAAAGAUUAUAAUAGUGGCGAAUCUUAAGCCCGCCAAGUUUCGGGGUGUGCGUAGCAAUGGGAUGCUCCUUGCUGUAGAGUCUGAAGAACCCCCAGGCACUAAACGUUUAGAGGUAUUAUUUGCAGACGAGUUUCAGGUGGGGUCCCAGGUACUUCCCAAAGGGGGUGUGGGGGCAGAGGGAUAUACACAGCUCAAGAUAGACAAGUUUGCAGACUUUAGCAUCGUAGCAUCUAAGCAUAAGGUGGAAAUAGAUGGAGUUCCCCUUGCUGUAGGUGAAGAGGAGCUACGAACAAAAAACAUAUCAGAUGGCAGGGUGGGCUAG